UAUGACGUCACACGUACAGCGCGCUCCGUUGAGGUCACACGUGUGAUUCGGUGUACAUUAUAUCACCGUUAUUAAACUGAUCGAUCUGAUUGAUUGAUUGAUCAUCAUGGUGUUCCUCACGCUAUCGUGCUGGAUUCGGAACCGCGGACCGGACCGAUACUGGAAAGUCCAAGAGCUUCUGAAGAGCGCGCGGCAUUUCCGCGGCAGGAAGAAUCGCUGCUACAGUCUGGCGGUGCGCGCGGUACGAAGAGCGUUCGUCUACGCCAGUAAAGCACGUAAAGCCAAACGACGCAGCAUGAGAACGCUGUGGAUCUCACGCAUCGCUGCAGCGACCAGAGAACAUGGCCUGAAAUAUCCAGCGCUCGUGCACAAUCUAGUGAAGAGCAGCGUUCAGCUCAACAGACGUGUGUUGUGUGACCUGUCAAUCACAGAGCCGCGCUCUUUCCUCGCGCUGACAGAACUCGCCCGCGCUCGCCAACAGGAAGGUUUCAGAGCCGCGCUGGGCGACGGUAAAGAACCGACGGGUGUUUUCUCUCGUAUCACACAACUACAGUAAAUCAAUCCAGCCAAUCAGAGCUCACGGCUCUGAUCAUGUGUGCGCAGAAGCGCUAGCCUGUCCUUCAUCUCUCUCUGUGUAAAUAAAUGCCUUUCUGUGUUUAUGAAUAAAUCAAUAAAACUUUAUUUAACA